GGCUGCGACCGAGAGUGGCUGGGCAUGACUUAAUUUUUUUUUUUUUCCUCAAGAACAAUUUUCUCCGUCUCACAACUCAUCAUCACCACCAACCAUACCAACCAAACCAAGUCGUCUCAGUUGUUGCAGACGAUAACACCCAUCUCCACUCAAUCAUAGAUCUUCUGCGAUCUUGUUAAUACCCUUUUUAUUUUCUUACGCUCUAAAUUCACAUCACAAUGGCUGCUAUCAAGAAGGAGGCGCCCGUCGCCAGCCCGACCGGCCUGUCCCUCUACUCAAAGUUCGCCCUUUCCGGUGCCGUCUGCUGUUCAGUCACCCACGGCAUGGUCACACCUCUUGAUGUCGUCAAGACCCGUAUCCAGCUCGACCCCCAAACCUACAACCGCGGCAUGAUCGGUGGCUUCAGGCAGGUUAUCCAAAACGAGGGUGCCGGCGCGCUCCUGACUGGUCUCGGUCCCACCGUCGCCGGUUACUUCCUGCAGGGUGCCUUCAAGUUCGGCGGUUACGAGUUCUUCAAGGCCCAGAGCAUCAACACCCUGGGUCUCGAGACCGCCAGCAAGUACCGCACCAGCGUCUACCUGGCCUCUGCCGCCGCCGCCGAGUUCUUCGCCGACAUCGCCCUCUGCCCUCUUGAGGCCACCCGUAUCCGUCUCGUCUCGGACCCCUCGUACGCCAACGGCCUGAUUGGUGGUUUCACCAAGAUGCUUCGCACCGAGGGUGUUGGUGCUUUCUACGCCGGUUUCGGCCCCAUCCUGUUCAAGCAGGUCCCCUACACCAUGACCAAGUUCGUCGUCUACGAGAAGGUCGCCGAGGCCAUCUUCCGCGUCUACCCCAAGGAGUCCCUCUCCGACGGCAUGCAGACCGUUGUCAACUUGGGCUCUGGUCUCAUGGCCGGUUUCGCCGCCGCCAUCGUCUCGCAGCCCGCCGACACCAUGCUGAGCAAGAUCAACAAGACCAAGGGUCUGCCCGGUGAGGGAACCACCUCCCGCCUGAUCAAGAUCGCCAAGGAGCUCGGCCUCCGUGGCUCUUUCGGUGGUAUCGGUGCCCGUCUCUUCAUGGUUGGUACCCUGACCGCCGGUCAGUUCGCCAUCUACGGUGACCUGAAGAAGGCUCUUGGCGCCACUGGUGGUGUUGAGAUUGCCAAAUAAGCGCGAGCUGUAUGGUAAGAGGAGCGUGGGGGAUAGGGGACGUAAAGAUAGAAGGGGAAAGGGUUUGUGUCGGCCCGGAUAGACCUGGCCGAACUUAUACCUCCCCCUACUUGAAUUUUUGUUGUAAUCUUUUUUUUUUCACCCUGGGAAAAUGCAUCUAGAAAUGUCUGUUCUUUUUCAGCCUCACUACCCAUUUUAAUUCUUGUUUUUUUACGUUUUCAUUUUGUCUCUGGGCGGGGAUAAGUCUUGGUCGGCAACAGUUUCUUUUCUCCGUUUUAGAGCGACAACAAAAAAGGGAGAAGGGAGGUCCUGUUUCCGAUAGAUGAUUACAGAACAGGGAAAACGAAUCAAACAUCGACAAGGAAGACACAGGGAAAUAGAAAAAGCAUGGACUCUGGAUGGGUGUUAGUGGGUUUUUGUGUAUAACAAUGACGAUUUCCAAGCUUGCCGGUUUUGGAUGUUUUUGCAUGUG